UAAAAUCCACAAGCGGUCUGAAGGGCUAUCGAUUUCUUCGGAAACCCUUCCUCCGGCGCCCAGUUCCGUCGCGGCUUCCGUGCAAUUUUUUCGAGAUAAUGGAGACUGAAGUAUCGGCAAAUGGCGUUCAUAAUCCAAUUCCACCGUGUGGAUCUGGAGAAGGGCAUCCAUAUGCUCCCGUAGAUUGGCCAAAUCCCGGCGAUAUUUGGACAUGGAAAGUGGGAAACAAGAUUAAUCCUGCUGGCUACUACACUCAUAGGUCCUUGAUUGUUCCGAAAAGGCUUCAAAAAACCCCGACGAGGAAAAUAUGGCUCGGCAGCAAGGAUGCUGUGAUACGGUUUCUUAAUUCUGAGUUUCCGGAUGCGGAUGUCAAUGCUUUCUUCGCAUCAUUUACUUGGGACAUACCGGGGGGAAAAGGGGCUGCGCCAAUAGUGAAAAAAGAAGCAUCUGCAGAAAAGCCCGUUGCAGCUAAAAAAGCUACGUCUGUUAAGAAGGAAAUAUCUGUUCCUACAACGAUUGCGCCUACCGGGAAUACACCUGCAAGAAAAUCGACACCUAGGAAGCAAUCUACGCCAAGGAAAACAUCGACCCCUCCGAAUCAUGAACCAGAGCCUAUUCAGACAAGAAAGAGAACAAGAAACUCGGAAAUUUCCAACAAGGAGCCUAUUCCAAAGGUCGAAGCGGAAUCAGGGAGUCAAGUUGCGAAGAGAACGAGAAAUUCUGCUAAUUCUAACCAGGGCUCGAUUCCGAAGACCGACGGGGAAACCGAAAAUCCAUUUGUCCGGAGAACGAGGAACUCGACAAGAAAGCUUCUUUCGAACGAGGACCGAGCAAUUUCGACGGACUUGGUGUUAACCGAAGGAGUAUCCACUGGCCAUUUAACUUCCGUUACCGAGAUUUCUCCGGUUAAAAACGCUAACGGCCAGUCGGGAUCACGCCGCAAGCGUCAGGACUCGAAUUCUCAGAUGAAUCAUAUAACCGAGAUGAGUUCGGAGGAUUUUGACAAUUAUCUCAACUCCCUCGAUGACAUUUUGUAUCAGUCGGUGCCCGAAGCUCCGACGUUGGACUCGUCUUUGCUGGAAACCGAAGUCGACUUCGCUCGGGUACGGGAGGAGCUUUCUUCCCUUCUUUCUCAUGAUUUAUCGAGUCUGUUCUCGUCGAACAAACUCCCUCUGGUUACGAGCCUAUCGUCGAAGCUUCGAUCCGAUCCCGACCUGACCUUGGAAGAGCUUUCAAUGCUCGAUCUUAUUCUCGAAAUUCCCGACGUCAGCAACCAUUUCUUAAGUGCGAAGCAGGUGAAGUCGGAGGCGAGUAAAUUCUUCGCAGAUCUUGAGACGAACAUUGCGCUUGUCAGUAAGCUUAAGAGUAAAUAUACUUUAUCGAAGGAUAAGAUCGCUGUUCUCCAGGCUGAGAUUGCGUAUUCGCCGACUAUUCAAGAAAUAGACGAGCAAAUUUCGAAGCUUCAGGCUCGUAGAGACGUAUUAGCGAAAGCUGUCGAGGAGAACGAAGCCCAGAUCGAGGAACUCACCGCCACUCAAAAGAGAAUCUUGAAUUCAUUACCGAAGAUCGUCAACGAGGUUAAGACAGCUAACCUCGAAAAAUCGGAAUGGGAAGUGAAGCAAAAGGAAGCGGCGAAGCAGGAGGCGCAGAUUCUUGAGAAGUUCGCUCCGCUUGAAGGCUAUACCUUUGUCCAUUAAUCGGUAAUAAUUAAAUUUGUUUUACGCAAUUGUGGCAUGCCGGCUAUCCUAGGAAACUUAUGUAGAUUGCCGUUUUUUUAUUUUAUUUUGGACUUGUUUUGGCUCUAUUGUUAUUAUUACCUAUUCAUGCCGCAAUAACGUAACCCUUUUCUCUAUCGAUGAUUUAGAUAAUAGUAUCAUAUUGACCGAGGCUUCUAGAUGAUCGAUUCGAUCGUAGAUUUGCAUGUAGGUUUCUUAUGGAUAGAUAUGGUUGCUUAAAUUGAUCAGCAUGCAA